AUGGCGACAAUAAACAACAAGAUAGAAGACGGAACAAUUCAAUCAAGAGACACCGAUGAAGUAUUACGUACGCUUCUAAAGGAUGUGACGUCACACCUUCCAGCAUGUGACAGGAGAAGAGUUAUUCUCGUUGGAAACACGGCAAGACUUUGCGCCUCCGAGGUAGCGGUGAGGGCCGCACAAGUCAUCACUAUUGAUCUAGGAAAGCAAGGUAAUCACAAAAACGUUACACGAUUAGGAAAUUUCCCACCUGUCCUCGAAGAAGACUCAACGAAAAAUCUGCUUGCUGAAAACAGUGGAGACCUGCUUAUUUAUGAUCACCGUAUAAGCCUUUCCAACGAAGAUCAGCUAAAGUCUCUGAAACAUUCAUUGUCACUGGUUCGAGAAAAUGCAUACGUUUGCUUUUUACAGACCAUCACCUCAGGGAAAGAGAACAAUGAACAACAGGGCAUGGACGAUCUGUGGAGAAUUACAUCUAUUACUAGUCCUGGAAGUCAGCCAGACGAAGGGUUCGGUCUGGAGGUAGUCCUUAUUAGACCUAUCACCAGGACAUACACACCACAACGAGAAAAUGAAGCAGACAGAAAAAUGGUUUGGCUAUUUCAAAAGGUUAAAAGGAAGCUGAAUAAGGACAUGACAUUUACAACAUUGCAUGAAAUACUCAAUAAUCAGCUGUAUACUAAGACAAGGAUACGCCAACUGGAAAGUAUAUUUGGAAGGACAUUUGUUAGCGCCGGUGGACUGACUGCAACAAAGGAAUUCCUAAAGAAACUGUGCCUACGUCCCGGACAGAAAGUGCUAGAUGUUGGAUGUGGAAUCGGCGGCAAUGCAUUUUACAUGGCCAAGGAGUUUGGGGUCAAAGUCAUCGCCAUGGACCUGUCAUCGAAUAUGAUUGAUAUUGCUAAGGAGCGAGCGAAGGAACUGAACAUCACAGAAACGGACGUGGACUUUGAAGUAGCUGAUGCUACGCGAAGAGAGUAUCCACCAGAUUACUUUGACGUCAUCUUCAGUAGAGAUACAAUUCUUCACAUAGCUAGCAAACUCCAGCUCUUCCGAAAAUUUAAGACUUUCCUGAAGCCUGGAGGCCAAGUACUUGUAUCAGAUUAUUGCUGUAGUGAGGGGGAACAUACACAACAGUUCAAAGACUACGUCAAGACGUUUGGAUACAGCAUACUAUCACAGCGAGAAUAUUGCUCGACGAUGGAAGAAGCUGGCUUCAUUCGGAUAGAUACGGAGAAUAAGACAGAUUUAUUCAUCAAAACGACAACGCUGGAGUUAGAUCGGCUAGUAACACGGAGAGAAGAUUAUAUAAAGGAAUUUUCAUUGGAAGACUACGACGCAUUUUCAACAAUGUGGAGAAAUACACAGAAGUGCGCUGCAGUAGGAGACCAAAUUCUUGGCCUGUUCUAUGCAGAGAAACCUGCUUGA